GGACGAUUGACGGAUCAGCUGACGACUAAAGCAGUCUCGUCUUUUUUAGCAAUGUAAGCAGCAGGAAGAAUGCGUUACCUGGGAAGUAUAUAAUGAAGAAGAAACCAAUCACCUUUGCACCAUUUCCUCUCAAGUAGAAGUUCCAUUUGUUGGACUUUUGUGAAACCAGGAAAUUAAUUUCCAUACUCUAGUGGGUCAUGGCUCGUCGAAUAUAUGCACAGAUCAUCCCGGAUUAUCGUUCACAACAAGAAUCGAUUGAUACUUACAUAAAUGACUUGAAAGAAGCCGUCAACAUUCCACAGUACGGACAAACCCCAUAUCAGCUGUUACAUGAGAAGAAAGUUCAAAACGCUGCCGACGAAAUCUUAAAAGCCACCGAAUAUAGAGUGGUAAAAAAUGUCCCUAAUGUGGCAGAUGAAUUACGAAGACUUCGACGAGCCGUUAGGGUGAAUAAAGACUGCUUGAAAUAUCUCACUGGUUUGACAGCGCCAGUGGACGGUUUAUCGAAACAGGUGACGAAAACUAUCAAACGGACUUUGGAUUUGCAGGAGCGAGAAUGGAGCAAAGGAUUUUGGAACCAGGACCUUACGGACAUGUUCAGAAGUACUUGGGAAAACAUGGAGAUAUACAGCCUACUUCAUUGUUUCCAUCUGAACACCACCGCGGAAUUUCACAAUUUCUUCUAUGAGGGCCGGAAAAUAGAACUAGAACUUAACAAACUCGGUCGAGCAAUAGUUACGAGAGAUCGAUAUCAAACGGAACAGUCUCACCACGGAACUGAAGAAGAGGCUAAAUUCUUGGCCAAAAAGCUUCAAAAUCACUAUGACCAACUGAACGGUCUGGCAAAACAUGCUACCAGCUUGGUCUCACGUUCACGCCAAAUAAGUCCCAUCUAUUUGCGUGUGGCACCUAUUAAAAAUCCACUAAAUGGGGUGAUGUUAUGCGACUACAAAUCUCUGGAAGGUAACUUAAACACCGGUGAUCAUGUGUCCGUUCUUUCUGAUGUGCACAUCAUGAACAACAGCAGCCGCAUUCUUGGUGCAGUUUUUCACCACAGAAGUCUACGUGGAGCUAGAAACAAUUAUGCGGAUGGCAUUUGUCCUGGUUCAUGGAGUCCAUGGUCAACGCACAAAGUCCGUCCACGAUCUCAGCUCUCAAAUAAAGAGUUGGAAGAACAGCUUACGACUGAUGAUGUCUACUGGAAGGUUAGAACAACCAAGGGGCACACACAAUGUGUUGUUCCGUCGAUUUGUGUUGGUCUUGUUGAUCCGGAUCUAGAUGCUCGGGAGAAAGCUAUCACAUUGUACAGAGUACUGGUUGACACGUGGGGAGAUUUCAUCCAAGAAAACAUCAUCCAUUUGGCGGAAUGGUUCAAACUGGUGUUUCUUCGUUGGAUAAACUCUCAGUUGCCCUUACGCAGAGGUCCAGAUGAUAUGGAAAAGCUCUUGAGGAACGUCACAAUUUUCUUGUACGAUGGGUUAUCAUCUGGACUUGGUUAUGAUGAUGAAGAACUGAAACAACUGGCAAGUGACGUUGGUCAACUGAAUACUGGAGCAACUAAAUUUGAUGGAAAUCAAAAUGAACUAAAUGAAGAUAUUGAAAGCUUCAAUGAAAUAUUCAUCUGGCUUCAGAGACAUCAAGAAGCCAUCAGUAUCUGCAAGCGAAAUUUGAGUGCGUUUCAGGUGGUCACGCAAAAACCCUACCGUCCACCCCUUGGACAAAAUCGCGCUGUGGAGUUAAUGCGCUUGGUAAACAAACUGAUCACGCAUGAACCGCAAAAAGCCGCAAAGCUACUAGACAAAAUGGUGAUUUGGAACAAGAGUUUGGAUGAAACUGAAAGAAGAAUUCACUGUACUGCUGAUUCUUCCGAUGAAAGCUCGGAUUAUGAACCUUCCAAACCACAUGGCGUCGUGAAAAACUACGUGAGAAAUCCGACGACGCCUUCCAAGUUCACGGAUGGUACGAUUUUUACACUUGGCCUCAGCGAUCGAUACGACGACUACUUCGUAGAUAGUGACAGUUUGUUGGGUUAGUUACAUGGGAUACUGAUCACUUUCCUAUAGAGUAUUUUGCAAUAAAUGACAUCACAUUUCAUGCCGAGUUUUUUGUAGCACAAUUCUCCUAGCGUUUUUACAUUGGGGAGCGCUAGACCACAGCAUUUCAUACAAUCGAGAGCUAAAUUCCAGGCGGUGCAUAACCCAAUAUCGCAUUAC